AUGCAAUCUGCAUUCGAACGUAUGAUCGCGCAGGCCUCGGGGGGUCGGGGGCCCCCCGGCGGAGGCGAGACGACGGUCGCAGACACGGGAGAAGUCAUCCACAUAUCCUCUCUCGCUCUCUUGAAGAUGUUGAAGCAUGGCCGCGCAGGCGUUCCGAUGGAAGUCAUGGGCCUCAUGCUGGGCGAGUUCGUGGACGAGUACACGGUCCAGGUCAUCGACGUGUUUGCGAUGCCGCAGUCUGGAACGACGGUGUCCGUCGAGUCCGUCGACCAUGUGUUCCAGCAGCGAAUGGUGGACAUGCUGAAGCAGACAGGACGCCCUGAGGCGGUCGUGGGAUGGUAUCACUCUCACCCAGGAUUCGGUUGCUGGCUAUCGAGCGUCGAUAUCAACACUCAGCAGUCCUUUGAGCGGCUCGAUCAGCGCUCUGUUGCCGUCGUGGUCGAUCCCAUCCAAUCGGUCAAAGGGAAGGUCGUCAUCGACGCCUUCCGCUUGAUCAGCCCCAGCACCAUGCUAUCCGGCCACGAGCCUCGCCAGACGACGUCGAACAUCGGUCACAUCAACAAGCCUUCCAUACAGGCCCUCAUCCACGGGCUGAACCGACACUACUAUUCGAUAACGGUGAACUACCGGAAGACGGAGCUAGAGCAGUCGAUGCUGAUGAAUUUGCACAAGAGAAAUUGGACAGAGGGGCUGAAGCUGCGUGACUUUAAGGUACAAAAGGAGGGCAAUGAAAAGGCCAUCAAAUCUAUGCUCGCGCUGUCGGAAGCGUAUAACAAAUCAGUGCAGGAAGAGUCUACCCUGACGCCAGAGCAGCUCAAAACGCGGCACGUAGGUAAACAAGACCCAAAGCGGCAUCUAGAAGAAGCGGUGGAGAAAGCGAUGGGAGAUCAGGUGGUUCAGAAUUUGGGCACGAUGCUGCUCGCGGAACUGUAG